CCUUCCCUGUGGGAACAGGCUGAGAGAGCUGGGGCUGAUAGCGGCCUUUGAGUCUCUAAAAAGGGGCUGUAAGAAAGAAGGGGACAGGGUCUUUAGCAGGGUCUCUGCUGAUAGGACAAGGGGAAACGGGACCAGUGUGGGGCUAAAGGGUGGGCCCGGGGCACCUGUGACAUCACAGGAGACAACUCACAGUGCGGGGAGGGUAUCAGUGCAUUCAGCAGGCGGUGCUCCUGCACUUUGGCCCGGGCCAGCGACCAUGGAUUUGGCGUUUGUCCUCGCCUUCCUUCUGCACAGUGUGCGCAAUGGUGGUGAAGAGUUUGAGGCGGACACGUUCGUCCGCAUGCAGCAGCGCCAGCUGUUUCUGCAAGAGCAGAUGACGCGGCAGCUGCAGGAGAUAGAGCGUCUGAACCAGGAGCAGAGCGGGACGGAUUUGCUAGCCCAGCUCUUUGCUGCCUUGCCAUCCUGGCAGUAUGGGGCCUUGGCUGCAGCGCUCGCCAUGCUCUUGGUGCUCAUCAGACUGCUCUGGAAAAGGACACAACUCAUGAAGGUCAAAGCCGGAAGCGAGAAGGAGGAGGGUGCCACGGAAGAGGAGGAAGACCCCAGUGACCUUUCAUUUUCCAAGUGGGAUCGUACGUGCACGGCGGUGCAGGAGCUGGUGGACGACCUCCUCAGUGUCUGCCAGGCGUCUCCGAGGAGCGAUUUCAUGCUGCGGCUGCAGAUGUCGGAAGGGGUGAGCAAGGCCUCUGAAGGCAACGGUGUCCGUGGUGGGAACAUCUACGGCGUGUUCGUGCCCAUUAGGCCACCCCCGACACACAUCUUCCGCCUGGAAGAGGACCCCGAAGGGAAGAGUGGCGAAAAGGCCCUCCGCAUCCGCGUGCAGCUGAACUGCACGUGCCUUCGGGAGCAGCUGCUUGGAGACAUGCCGUGCUUCCUUCACAACCGUGCGAAGAAGCUGAAGACAGAGGAGAUGCCCAGCCUCCUAGACACCCUCUGCACCGACUCCUUCCUCGACCGGCAGAAAACCGCAGGCUGGUUCCAGGAACUGGCGACAGAAGCCUGGAAAUAUAUGCCUCAGUCAUCCACAGUCUGGCUAGAGGUGCUGCCCUCCACCUACUUCUGCAAACUCCGGCUGACCACCGCCCCCUCCAGGGUCCUCGACAUUGAGCUAAUACUCGGGCUACCAUUAGAUGACGCGGACUCCUUCCUCGUCCUCGAGUAGGCGGAGGCUCUGGUUAGGAGCAGCAUGAGGUGGCCGCGGAGGUGCGCCGCAGCACAGACGGAGUCCUUCAAGACACGGACAGGCACGGCCGGCACAACAGUUUCCACCUGAAACGUCCGCAGCUCCGCAUCCAUAACCUGGAAGGCACCAGCUUUGCCACCCAUGCCUUGAAGACAUCCGGCACGCACCUCCUCAGCACCCUCCUGGGCAAGCCGGCAUAGGACAGAUUUCCAGGCCCGCAGGUUGGGAUUCAGACUGCGGUGGCUACGAGGGGACUGACAUCCCACUUGACGCUUGCCGCUUGCCGCAGAGCUGAGCAAGCUGGACACGGAGAAGACAGCUGUCACUCUGGAGGCAGCUGCAACGGCUCCUGCACGCUUUCUCCGGCGUGAAACCACACCUGGGGGAGCCGCAUCCCAUGCGGACAAAGAGGCCGCCGCAUGGACACCUGAAGAGACUCCUGUUGCCAGCGGGGCAGGGACCACUCGGACUCGCCAAGAGCGUCCAUUUGCUCCGGGAGCUGUGGCCUCUACAAGAACACCAAUCAACGGCUUUCUUGAAGAAACGCUCUGCCGGGGAGAGCCCUGCUCUGAGCAACCUGAUGGAGCAGCAGGUGCCCCUGUUCACGGCAGAGGAGCUGGACCAGGUGACCUUUAAAGGUCCCUUCCAACUUCCACGAUUCUAUCAUUCUACGAAGACAAACAAAGCUCCACUGAAACUUUUCUCCUCACAAUACAAUCAUCUAAAAAUGCAAUUGAUUUUAAUAUCUGUAUAGAAGGUAACUAAUUGAUGAAAUGUUUAUGAUACUAAAUUAAAAAUGAAUACCCUUAAUUUUUGUGACUUUGCUUUCCUCGUAAAUGCAGUUGAUUGCGCCUUGUUAUUAUGUAUUAUUAGACACCGCCUUCAGUAGUGAAUUGCAGCAUCUAGAAUGGACUCAGGGCCACGAACCACAUGCUGUUUGAAUAACGUAGAAUUCAAUUCUUAAGUCCUCUUCCCUUUAACACCCCUUCAUUUUUCUCAAGAUGUCAGCCAGGUGGUAGCUGCCAAUCUCGCCAUGCCUCUCUGUAUCCAUUCGGCACGUAAACAAGGAAAGUAUCGGUCAGCACCUGUGGGAUAGGCAUCCAAGUGGCCUCACACUGAAACCUAAUCAAAGGGAGGCCAAAUUAUCUAGGACGUAAAUGAGGCAUAAGGUGUCGCUGAAAAAGGAGGGAGUCACUUACUAGGGAGAACUCACUCUAAAAAUAUCCCACACAGGUCAGUUAUCCCUCGUACUCAACUGGAAGGUAUCUACAACUGACUUGAGUUCAGCUUUUGAACGUAUUCAGAGUUACACUUUACAAAUAACAUGUCAUCAAAGGACCUUUAAAAUUAGAUUUGGAAAUUAUUAAUGUGAUACAGUGGAUAAAACAUUGUUCUGCAAAACCAUC